UUCAGAUUCAAACACUGGGUUUUAGUAUUCGGAUUUGUAUAAAAAAGCCCAAUAAAAUUUGCCAGAAGUUAAAAUCACGCAAAUCCUAUUUAAAACAGAGAAACCCCAACUCGACUUGAAUCGCCUCAGCUCAAACCAGCGGAUAUGGCUACCGAAGAGGAAUCGAUAGAGCAAGCAGCUGCGUCACGUCGAGAGAGGCUUAAAGCUCUUAAAGCAGCUCAGGAGCUGUUGAAUGCCCCAGAUGAAGAUUCUUCUCAAGCUGCUGAGAAUCAAACGGAUGAUACUAAUGAAGAAAAUAACCCCAGUAUGAAGUUUCGAAAUUAUGUACCUCAUGAUAAACAGCUUCAGGAGGGAAAGGUUGCUCCCCCAGUGCUGCCGAAAUUUGAAGACCCUGUUGCAGCAGCACCUCCAGCAUCUGAAGAAAAAGAGGAUCCAUUUGUCAACAUUGCUCCCAAGAAACCGAACUGGGAUCUUCGAAGGGAUGUGCAGAAGAAGCUCGAUAAGCUUGAAAGGCGUACACAGAAGGCUAUUUUCAAACUUAUGGAGCAACAAGAACAAGAAAAACAGUUGGAUGAAGGAGGAAACGCCAUUGAAGAAUAGAAACUUGGUAUUGAAGUCGAACACUUGUCAGAUCACUCCGGUCAUUAACGUACUGAGAAUGAAUGUUUGUCCAAUGAAGCAGUGAAACAGUUGUAAGGUUGCAUUUUUGUUAUUCAAUAGUGUGAAAUGGCCAACUAGAAAAAGAAAAUGUUCAAAUCAUUCUGAGACUGAAAUAUAAUGUUCAGUUUAUGCCCCUGAUGGUACAUUUCUAACUUAGUUGUAUGAUCCAUGUUUGCCUAAUCUUUUUUCUUCACCAGAAUUCUGAAAUUGUAGCAAACACGAUUUGUGUUUCGAAUUACUUUCCGAGGAUCGAGCUUUAGACAAUUUUUUUUUUAAAUUGAUGCUAAUUUGUGUUGGA